AUGGCACCAUGGGAGGAUUUCAACCACAUAUUCAGCUUCAACAAGAAAUAUCAUUACGAUGCAAAAGUUAUUGAGCAGAUCACCUCCAACCGCCGCGCAUUGGAGAACCAGCUCUUCGCUGAUCGCUUGUUGGGAUUACUAGGCAUUAAAGGAGUGACCAAGGUCUAUCCCCCGAAGACCAAUGCGGACCUCAAGUCACUGGUUGACCACAUCGUCGCUUCCGAACUCGACAUCCAUCACAAACAAGCCUUGAUUUAUUACAUUCUCAAGGACUGUCGCAGUGCGCCAGAUGCGGCGGCAUCAUUUGCGCGCUCAUGUCAUUUACCAGAGAAGUACCGGCUCUUCAUUGAAGGCCUUUGGAAUAUGGAUCGUCUGGAGUUCCGACGCGCAAUCGAGAACCUCGCCGAACCUUCUCUCAUUCCUACCUUCCCCGAUGAAAUCCUCUACGCCCUCACUCUCUCACAACUUCCCAAACAUGACGACAGUCUUGCCAUCGCCUAUUAUCUUACCGCUUCGCCACCUUUAGCUACUGAGAAGGUACAACGAGCGUUCUUCGAAGUUCUAUGCCGAUCCAACGUCACCGAAGCAUUCUAUUUUUCACGAAGAUACGACGAGUCCCAACGGCACAGCUUCUUUCUGCAGCUGGUCGAAUUCAUUCACAAGACUGCGGCUGGGCAAAAUCGCGGCAGGCGCGCGAUGGAAUUGGUUGGGUUGCCGCUUGAUGACGAUGAGGAAGUAUGGUUUGAAGAGACUUUGCUCAGAGGGACCGCUAGCACACUCCCUGGUGCUAAAGAUACGCUCAUGAUGCGCCAACUGGCAACUGGUAAGGUUGAUAGUCUGGCAACAGAGCUGGAGGCCUUGGGCGGUAAAAAAGUGGAUGGCCUCAACUGGGAUGAUCUACGGGAAAGCAUGCAGCAUACACAACUGUUGGAAUGA